CACGCGGUGAACUUUUUCUUCCUUCUCUCUCUCUCUCUCCCUUUUUUAAACGAGUGACAUUGCAAAGGACUCUUCCUCUCUGUCUUUUGUUAAGUUAGUGAAAGGGAUAUUCUAUUUUCUUAGAGCGCCCAAGGGGGCGCAGGGACCUCGCAGAGAAGAGUGGGGAGGAAAGAGGAAGGGUGGGUGGGGGGCAGAGGGCGAGUCGGCAGCGAGGGCAAGCGCUUUCCUGCGGCACGAUGCCGUCCCUGCUGGUGCUCACUUUCUCCAAGUGCGUCUUGCUUGUCUGGGCGUUGCUGGUCGGCAGCACCGGUGGCGGUGGCGGCGAGGGUGCCAGCCCGGGCGGAGGGCGCCAGGAAAGAGAGGCGCUGCCGCCGCAGAAGAUCGAGGUGCUGGUAUUGUUACCCCAGGACGACUCCUACCUGUUCUCCCUGGCCCGGGUGCGGCCGGCCAUCGAAUACGCGUUGCGCAGCGUGGAGGGCAACGGGACCGAGAGGCGGCUUCUGCCACCCGGCACUCGCUUCCAUGUGGCUUACGAAGACUCGGACUGCGGCAACCGCGCACUUUUCAGCCUGGUGGACCGCGUGGCGGCGGCACGCGGCGCCAAGCCGGAUCUCAUCUUGGGGCCGGUGUGCGAGUACGCGGCAGCGCCGGUGGCCCGGCUUGCGUCGCACUGGGACCUGCCUAUGCUGUCGGCAGGGGCACUAGCCGCCGGCUUCCAGCAUAAGGACACGGAAUACUCGCACCUCACGCGCGUGGCACCCGCAUACGCUAAGAUGGGUGAGAUGAUGCUCGCCCUAUUUCGCCACCACCAGUGGAGCCGCGCCGCGCUGGUCUACAGCGAUGACAAGCUGGAGCGGAACUGCUACUUCACCCUCGAAGGGGUCCACGAAGUCUUCCAGGAGGAGGGCUUGCAUACGUCUGCCUACAAUUUCGAUGAGACCAAAGACUUGGAUCUGGACGACAUCGUGCGCUACAUCCAGGCCAGUGAGCGAGUGGUGAUCAUGUGUGCAAGCAGUGACACGGUCCGGGGCAUCAUGCUGGCAGCGCACAAGCACGGGAUGACCAGUGGAGACUACGCCUUCUUCAACAUCGAGCUCUUCAACAGCUCUUCCUACGGAGAUGGCUCGUGGAAGAGAGGAGACAAGCAUGACUUUGAAGCUAAGCAAGCAUACUCAUCCCUCCAAACAAUCACUCUACUGAGGACAGUGAAACCUGAGUUUGAGAAGUUUUCCAUGGAGGUGAAAAGUUCUGUUGAGAAACAAGGACUCAAUGAGGAGGAUUAUGUUAACAUGUUUGUUGAAGGAUUCCACGAUGCCAUCCUCCUCUAUGUUCUGGCUUUACAUGAAGUACUCAGAGCUGGUUACAGCAAGAAGGAUGGAGGGAAAAUUAUCCAACAGACUUGGAACAGAACAUUUGAAGGUAUUGCCGGGCAGGUGUCCAUAGAUGCCAAUGGAGACCGGUACGGGGACUUCUCUGUGAUUGCAAUGACAGACCCAGAGGCGGGCACCCAGGAGGUUAUCGGUGAUUACUUUGGAAAAGAAGGUCGUUUUGAAAUGCGGCCGAAUGUCAAAUAUCCUUGGGGACCUUUAAAACUGAGAAUAGAUGAAACCAGAAUCGUGGAGCACACAAACAGCUCCCCUUGCAAAUCAUCAGGUGGUCUAGAAGAAUCGGCAGUGACAGGAAUUGUUGUGGGGGCCUUACUAGGAGCUGGUUUGUUAAUGGCCUUCUACUUUUUCAGGAAGAAAUACAGAAUAACCAUUGAGAGGCGAAGCCAGCAAGAAGAAAGUAAUGUUGGAAAACAUCGAGAGUUACGGGAAGAUUCCAUCAGAUCCCAUUUUUCAGUGGCUUAAAAGAAAGCCUUUUCUUUUGCCCUGAGAUUGUUUAAGGAGAUAGAUGGGAUGAAAGACAUCAACGGAACAGAAGGGGCGCUCUUGAAGAACUCAUUCUUUUAAGCAGUUAGUCAUUUUGUUGUAUAAUUUCUUUAGAAGCUCAGGAACUAUUAUUAAUCACCAUAUGCCUCCUGGCCUUUCAUCUCAUGACAAGCAAAUAUGAGAAUAUAACAUCACUCUGUUUAAAUAGUCACACUGUUUCAGGGCCUAUGAUUAGAUUUAUGUUUUGAAAAUGCGAUGUCUCCAUAUCUUGAUGGCUUUUGGGGACAUUUCACAUAAGGCUACAACAUGUGGUUUUCCUAAAUGAAAUGUUUUAUAGCUAGAAUAAAAUCAUUUUUAAAGUAGAAUAUUCUUGGAAAGAAUUUAAGAUCCAAAAAGAAGAAAAUGUAAUGAAAAAUCUCAAGGUUGGAAAUACAGCAUUCCUUUUUCUAGUGCUGCUGGAUGGAUUUGAGGUUGAGGAAUGCUCUGUCCAAUGUAUAUAUUCAGGUCCUGAUGUCAUAUCUUGAAAAAGGGUUUCCUGCCUGUCUCCUUCAGUGUCUCAUAAAAGCUAUUCUGGAAAGUUGUAACUAUUAAUAAGAUAAGAGGAUUUAUAUAAGAAAGGCAAAUCUAAAAUGUUUCAUUUUUUAAUGUAAAAAAAACCUAUUUCACACUAACAUUUUAUUUUUAGGUAUUUUUAAUCUUAUAUUUUGCUAUUAGAAAAUGUGUCUAUUUUUUCAUUUUGAAGAUUGAAUUUCACUUAUAUUUUAAAAGCAUGGGUAAAGUGUACCACAAAACAACGAUGAUGAAAGAUGCUUCUCUUUUUCUCUGUUUCCCUCUUGCCCUUGGUUAUAGCCAAAUGCCAAUUGCUGCUUUAAUUACAGAGACCUAGAAUUGUAUUCAGAUCACAGACUCUACAGGAGUAUAACAAUUUACCUGUUUUAUUUUUUUUAUUAUUUUUUUAAUAUGAAAUUUAUUGUCAAAUUGGUUUCCAUACAACAACAAUUUACCUGUUUUAAAUGCAAGUUAUUUUCAGAAUGGACCUCUUCCAGUUCUGGUCAAAUGAUGAGUUUCAAGAUAAAGGGUGGAAUUUAUUGGAAUUAAGUAUGGUUUAAGGCAGCCUUUUCCCUCAACAACUUUAUAAAGAGUAUUAGAAUUUAACAGUAAGCACAGAGAUGAUAAAUUUAAAAAAUGCAUACAUGACGUUUUACUAAAAUUCAGUGAUGUUUUGGUUAAAAGAGGGAAUCUAGAUAGCUUUUAUAUUCCUUUUUAGUUGAUUCCACAAAGCUUAAUAGUCAUCCGCUAAUAAUCCGUGUAAUGGUGGGUUAUGGGUGUAUAUGUAAGGGAUUUGAACAGAGUUGAAUAGGUAUUUGCCGAAUACCUACUUUGCACCCAAUACUCUGCACAGAGGUUUAAACUCAGGUUGCCAUUUUUGCUUAUAAUUUAUGGAGAAAACAGAGAAGAAUAGGAAGUUGCCAGAUUAGUGUACUAUCUUGUAAUUAUGUCACUAGGGGCUUUCCUCAAUAACAUUUUGAACAUCUGGAAAAUAGUUUUAAAAAUUAUCUUAAUGACUAUAAAAGACCAUGUAUAGGGAGGAAAAUAGAGGAGUUAGAAUAAUUCCUUGGUAGUGAUGGAGGUCGUAGUUGACACAGGUAAUAGUGGAGGCAGAGAGAGUGAAAGCUGUGUGUCUUGGAAGCUGGCCUGAGGUUGCUUCCCAGGAGGAGUCUGCCUCUGUCACUCCUACUUCAACUGGCCAAUGGAUUAUUUCAGUGAAUGAAUUAUUUCUGUGUAAGGCAUAUUUUCCCUCCACGUUUAAAAAAUAGGAUUCAGGCAGCUGGAGAGCACAUAACAGAAUGAGCUAUGAUCAACCGAAAUGACCAUACUGUAGUUCUCCAUAGUGGAUGUGAAGGAAAAAGUGCUGACUUCAAAAAAAGAUGGAAAAAGAAAGCAAGAAAUGCAAGCUCCAGAAAUUCCAAUGUAGGAAGAGAGUUUGGGAGGUAUAAUCUAGAAAAGCAAAACAUUUAACAGCUCAGGACUCCUUAAAGUGAAAACAUAAUGGACGUUGCGUCCAUCUUAUUUUCGUGAAUUGAGAGCUUAUUUCUCUCUAAUUUUUAUUUUUCAAUGAUAUUUUCAAUGUGUUUUAGAGAUAUUCAUUUUAUACCAUCUCGUGUUCGUAAAAAAAAAAAUUAAAUUUCAAGCCUAUGUGCUUAUUACAGGGGAAAAAUCACUCUACCUGGUUGUAGUCUUUGGGUAUAAAUGUUUCUAACCUUUCUGGAAUUUAUAUAGGGGCCCAUUAACUCUAACAUUUUUAAAGCAAAUAUCUUUUAUUUCUACUUCAAGU